AUGAACCACCAUCGAGACAUUUACGCUGGCCCGAACGUUUACAGACCUAAUGUUUACCGCCCCGACUACGAUCACUACGAGCCACCUCCAGAAACAUUUGCUGUACGGGACCGCUCAGCAUCUUGGUCAUCUUCGGGGAAACCUUCGGCGUGGAACGACAGGAGAACGAGCUUAGGUGCUGGUCCUUCACGCGACGCUGACAUGUUGGCUUCACGAAUGGCUAUGGCUCCUUCUAGAAUGUUCGAGCCAUCUGAUAGUUGGAAGCAUACUCAUGACGAGCCACGCCUGAUCCCUAGAGUCGGUGGCGACCGUUAUCGACCAGCGACCAAUGAUGGAGGUGCCUAUCUUCAUGGACGAGCUGACGUUUACAGGCCCAGUUACGACAAUUCGCGAUCAGUACGACGUCAAAGUGGCUCAGACAGACGUAGUCGUAAUUCAGGAAGUCGCCGUUCGCCUAGCCGAUCACGAUCACGAUCCUUGUCUUCUACCUCUCGUUCAGCGGCGUCUCUGAGUCGAUCCCCCUUCCGUGCCUCGUCAACUAAGUCUCGCUCUCCAAUUCGUCGAAAACGGUCUUCUCCGGACUCGUCAAAGCGUCGAUCUCGUUCAUCUUCUGCAUUUUCUGUGGCAUCAUCUCGUCCAUCAAUACCACCACCUAAUGUUAAUUCUCACACUACUGUAUCACCGCCUAGUCGCAGCAAUUCACCUCUUCCCAAGGCAGACCCAGAUUUGGGUGCUUCUGAGGAGCAAGCCCAACCGCCACCCCCUAGUGUAGCCCCUGAUGUAGCCCCUGUAUCUCCCCUUUUAAGUCACACCACCCAGCCAUCGUCUAUGCCAAUGGAGACCGCGAAGCUGCCCGAGCCGCCUAAGGAAGAAGUAUCUAGUUCUUCGGACAUACCGAUUACCGCGAACCCCACCUCCCUCUGCGCAACGCCAUCAUCUACAGAACCCGCGAUCCCCAUCCCCACCUCACCCGUUGCCGCUUCACCUCAGAAACUAGAGGAGGAGGCUGAGGCAAAGUCUGCUACCCAGCUAGACUUGACAAAUGUGCGCGAUCCUGGUCUUACUGUGGAUUCCCCGCCACGUGAUGCACAUUUAGCCACCGACCAAACAGUAGACACUGCGAAGGACAAGCCAAUGGAACCUGACGCGACCCCGGCGAAACUCUCAACCACACAGGAGCCUGAUCCUUCCCCAAUGUUAGUAGAACCUAAUACCUUGCCAGAUUCCAAAUCGGAAGUUCCAACUGUGGCUGACGCCCCCGUCCCAACGUUGGCAAUCGAGCAACCUCCCAAUGAGCCUGCCGAGAAUAUUGUGCCGCCAAGUCCUGAACGACCUGCUCUGGACGAGAUACCUAAAUUUGCUGAUACAAUGCACGAAAGGCUUCGUAUCGUGGUGAUGACCCGCUUGGCCCACGAUACGCAAUCCCGCGAAGAGAUCAUUGCGCCAAUACUCACGACGAACCUCUCCAUUGCUCGACAUGAAUACCGCAAGGGGACAACAGCCGACGUGCUCAUGCAAGAAAUUCUAUCGGGAGACAAGGCGAAAACACGGCUCGAAUCCUUGGAAGCUUGCAAGCCAUCAUUGGUCCAGCAAUUCGAGACUCGGCAGACUAUGCUCAUGGAGAAGGUCGAACGUCUGCGCAACGAAUAUAUCGACUUGCACGAAAAAUGGCUUGUUCAUUGCGCGACGUUGGACGAACAAGCGAAACCUAGCGAAACCGAAGCGGUGCAGCCCUCUGGCAGGACCACGAGACGGACUGCUAAUCUCACUGACACGGUGCGAUCUGAUCUCGAAAUGGAGCAAAUAAUAGCUAGUUUGGGAAAUGAUGACGCUACCGAUCCGAAUCACUUGUCGCAACGGAACCUGGCGGUAAUCCCAGAUAUGAUCUCGGUCACGCGCGGGCAGGUCGAUUAUGCUUUCGACGAUACGAACCAUCUAGUCACCGAUCCUCACGAGUACUACGCCCCUCGUACUGGCAUCGACGACUGGACGGAGGAGGAGAAAACCAUACUGUGUGACAAGUUCGCGGCGCAUCCCAAACAAUUCGGCAUCAUCGCAGACUAUCUCCCAAACAAAACUCAGGCCCAAUGCGUUUCUUACUACUACUUACACAAGAAGAAAUUUAUCAACUUCCGGAAGGUUGUCGCGCAGCGCGGUCCUGGCAAGCGCAAACGACGAUCGGACAAACGGAAGGGCAACGCGUUGCUCACAGAUAUUCAAAGGCACGACGAGGAGCUUGAGGGCGACUCGAUGUCUCCUGCUCCGACAAGCGCACCGACAACUACUAGUAGUGGAAGACCACGUCGUCGAGCUGCUGCACAGCAACCAGCCGAACCCGUGGCCUCCCGAAGGCCUCAGCCACGUAGGUCGAACGCUCAUCAACUCGAGGCAACUCCGGCGUCGACCCCGACUCCAGAACCGGAAAGUAGAGUUAGACGACGGCGAAGUAAUCAAGUUGUAGCACCGCCCACACCAGUCGAAGAGCCUGAAGAGGAUCCUGCUACGGAUCCUGAACAGAGGCCCGCAAAGAAGCCUAAGAGAGGUCGUAAAGUCGUCAAAUCCGCCGCGAUCAUCCCUGACGAUAUUAUCAUGGAUGACACUGCUUCUGAGCCCCCUAGUACCAGACCACAAAGUGCAACUCCGUUCCAGCUGCCGACGCUAUCUGAAGAGCAGCAGUUGGUCAUGAUAAACCUCAUCAAGGAUUACAUGAACCCUCAGAUGGCAGCUAACUCCAAACCGCCUACACCCGUCAUAGGCUACCCUGGAACAGGAAUCAUGAUCCCGAAUCCUCCUACCGUUGGCGCUACUCGAUACGCCGAUAUUCCAAUAUCGAGGUCUCCCGCCGGCCGCCCUUCUGAGCCUAUGUACCCUGGUGCUGGCAUCAUGUCACCGAUAAUGGGCCACACUUCAAUGGAUCCGGCCUCACAACCAAACGCUCAUUUUUCGGCUAACGGAGAACACAUGAAUGCUGGUUCGAGUAGAAUUAGUUUCCAUGCUAACCCAUGGGUUCCUUCGAAUUUUUCAGCAGGAUCAAGUCGCGGCUCAACGCCUCAACCCAUCGCCCCGCAACCCAUGGUAUCGUCGAAUCCCUACGGCUCGGGCAUGCCUGUGUUGCAUACUGGGCGUCAUCUUGACUCUACCUUUCCCUCCCAUCCAUCGAGCUACGGGCCGCCCAUUCCAGGAGGCAUUCCAAUGGGGAUGCCUAUGCCAAUGGGACCCUCCCCGCUUGGCCUGCCGUCUUAUCCACCCACUCAGUUAUCGAUGACCUCUGCCGGACCACCAACUUCUCUGGAGCGGGCUGAAAGCAGGCUCUACCGCGCCUCUGGCACAUUUGUACCUAUGUCCAUGGCCUCUCCAAUUCCCUUGGAUUCGGGUCCUGGGUCCAGAGGGCGGAAUCCAUACCCUGUGGUCCCUACUUCCUUCUCUUCAUCUUACAAUCUGCCUCGGUAG